AUGCUGUCAAGGGCUGCCCGACCUGCUCUGCGAGCUGCAGUUGCAGCUCCCUCCCGAGCUGCUGCUGGCCCCAGCACCGCCGCCACCUAUGCGACUCUCCGUGAGAUCGAGACUCGUCUCAAGUCGAUCCGAAACAUCGAGAAGAUCACAAACACCAUGAAGAUCGUCGCCUCCACCAAGCUCACCCGUGCUACCCGCAGCAUGAACGACUCCCGCAAGUACGGCCAGACCUCCAACGAGGUCUUCGAGGCUGCCGAGACCACCGCCGCCGAGGCCGACGAGAAGAAGUCCCUCGUCAUCGUCUGCUCCUCCGACAAGGGUCUCUGCGGUGGUAUUCACUCCGGAAUGACCCGUACCAUCCGUCGCCUUUUCGCCGAGGGCGAGAACUUCGACCUGGUCCUCAUUGGUGAGAAGAGCAAGGCUCAGCUGCAGCGAACCAACUCCAAGAACAUCCAGCUCAGCUUCGCCGGUGUUGGCAAGGACAUUCCUACCUUUGCCGAUGCUCAGGCUAUCGCCGACCAGAUUGUCAACCUGCCCACCGAGUACACCGACGUCAAGAUCUUGUACAACAAGUUCAUCAACGCCACCAGCUACGAGCCUACCUUCAUUGAGGCAUUUUCCGAGGAGGCCAUUUCCCAGUCCCCCAACAUCUCUGCCUUCGAGGUUGAGGACGAUGCUCUCGGCAACCUCCGCGAGUAUAGCCUUGCCAACUCCCUCUACUGGGCUCUGGCUGAGGGUCACGCCUGCGAGCAGUCUGCCCGACGAAACGCUAUGGACAACGCCUCCAAGAACGCUGGUGAGAUGAUUGGCAGGUACCAGAUUCUGUACAACCGUACCCGACAGGCUGUCAUUACCGGAGAGCUGGUCGAGAUUAUUACUGGUGCUACUGCCUCCGCCGAUAUGUAA